AAUCUUAAUAAUGUUGAGGCAGAUCGUCUUUGUUCUUGUUCUGGGUACAACUAGCGCCACCCAUCCAGCGUUUGUGAAAACGUUGUCUGAUCAGUGGGAAAAUAAGGCUGAUCCAGGUAUAUGCAUAGCUCUGCACUGUGCCCUACAGUCUGGUGCAUGUGUUCUGGACCCACAGUGCUUUGAAACUUUACAGUGUAUGAUCGGCUGUAGCGGUAAGCCAGAUGAAUCUCAAUGUCAGUUUGAAUGUGAGAUGACACUUGGAAAUGGAAACGAAGUUUUCGAAGAUCUUCUCCGGUGUAUGGCUGCUAAUGGCUGUUUCCCUGAAGUCCCUCCUGAUGGAAUAUGCCUAGCAAGUGAAUCUGACACUGUACAAGAAAUCACAGAUAUAGAGAUGGUGGCCGGCAGCUGGUGGGUUGUUAGAGGGGUCAACUGUGCUCAAGAUGAUGUCUGGCUUGGGGGAUAUGAUUGGUACCCCUGUCAACAUGAAAGAUAUUUGAGGUUAGGGGAUGGUUGGAUUAAUAAUACUACCUAUACAGGGGGCUCGGAUUCUAUACCUACUACAGAUGUUCUUGUAACCAUACCUCAUGCUACUAUGCCCUCCCCUGGUCUAAUCAGACUGGAAUAUGAUGACGAACCCCUCCUCCCUCAGAUUGAGAGAUGGCAUAUAGUGUCUAAGCCUAGUGAUGACUAUAUGAUGGUAUUCUGGUGUGGAACUAACCCAGCUUUGGAUUACAAUGGAGGAUUUGUACUUUCAAGGACCAGAACUCAGAAUGAAAUGCCGUCAGAGAUUGAGGAGGAGUUUAGACGCGUAGCUGCGUCACUGGGUGUGGAUUAUGACGCAAUGUGCGUCACAGACAACACGCUUUGUGAGGAGAAUCCAUAGAAUCCAUAAACUAAUUGCUUUAAUUAAAAUGUUAGAAAUAAAGUUCUAUUUUUAAUAAUGAUUCUUUGAAUUAACAUGAUAAAAUAACGCGUA